AUGAAAUUUUUGUUAAUCGCACUUAUGUUUAACUUCAUUCCUUUUGGUUCAAUAAAUAGCAUGUUCCGAAUAUGUUAUAUAAAAGGUACUGUUUUCCAUCCAACAAAAAGAAGCGAAAAUAGUUUAAAAUUUCUAAAAAAAAGAUUAACAAAUAUCUGCUCAGUUAAUAAUAAUAGUGUAGAAGAAUAUUAUGGAAUUAGUGAGAGAGGAUUUAAUAAUGCUAGGAAACCUCCAUAUUUAUUAAAUUUCGAAAAUUCAAAUGAUAUUUUAGCAUAUACUAACGAAAUUGAUGAUGCUUGUUUAAAUCAAAUUAAAAAUUUGGCUAGCUUGAAAAUUAUAAAAGGGCAUGUAGCUAUAUUGCCAGACGUACAUUUAGGGAAAGGAAUAAUAAUAGGCUCUGUGUUUUUGACAAAAAAUUUUAUUAUACCUAAUGGCGUAGGUGUUGAUAUAGGGUGUGGCAUAUUAUGUGUAAAAAUUAAUAACUUAAAAAAAAAACACCUAAACGAUAAGGUUAUAAAUAGUUUAUAUAAUAAAAUAAAAAGUAGCAUUCCAUUAGGUUUCGACUCUCAUGAUAAGGAAGUUUUGGAUUCUAAAAAAGUGCUUGAUAAUUUAAUAAGUAAAUAUGCCAGUAAUAAUAUAAAUGAUAUAAUUAAAUCAAAGCAUUUCAAGCAGAUGGGUUCCCUUGGAGGGGGGAAUCAUUUUAUUGAAAUUGCAUAUGACGCAUCUACAGCUUGUGCAGAAGAGGUGGGGCUUAAUAACAGGUCGUCAGUUAAUACUAUAAGUAGAAAUAACAAUAGUUGCGGAAGGAACACUUAUAAUGAAGCAUCAGCUGAGAGCCCUGAAACUUGUCAUUCCCUAGGAGAAUCAGAUAUAUACAUUUUAAUACAUUCAGGAAGUAGAAACUUAGGGAAAACAACAGCAGAGUUUUAUGAUGAACUUGCUAGUGAAGAGAGCAAUAUGAAAAAAAAUGAUCUGGCCUAUCUUGAUUUGAGAAAGAAACAUGGAAGGAAUUAUUUAAAAGACAUGAAGUUAUGUUUAGAGUAUGCAAAAUAUAACAGAAUAUAUAUGAUGAAAAUAAUUGAAAAGAUUAUUUAUGAAGAAGUAAAAUGCCCAUUAAAUUGGGAGAGUUUGAUAAAUAUACAUCACAAUUUUUGCAAUCAUGAAUUAGUUUCAUAUGUUGAUAAUAAUGAAAUUAAAAAGGAAUACAUGUAUGUUACAAGAAAAGGAGCAACAUCAUCUAAAAAAGAUGAACUAGGUAUUAUUCCAGGUAAUAUGAAAGUUGGUUCAUAUAUAGUAAAAGGAAAAGGAAGCACUCUAUCUUAUAACUCCUGUUCUCAUGGAUGUGGUAGAGUGCUUAGUAGAACUAAGGCAAAAAAGGUUAUUAAUCAAAACGAUUUUGUUAAUAUUAUGAAGGGAAUAAGGUGUGACACAAAUAACAAAAUUCGAGAUGAGGCACCACAAGCGUAUAAAAAUUUAAAAGAUAUUUUAAAAAAUCAAGAUACACUACUACAUAUAGUUAAAAGGCUGCUUCCUCUCAUUAAUAUUAAAGGGUUUUAA